ACACACCCACACCCACCCACACCCACACCCACACCAACCCACACCAACCCACACCCACACCAACCCACACCCACACCCACACCAACACCCACACCCACACCCAGCCACACCCACACCCGACGUUCGUCUUGACUUGGAGUACGAACGAACGUACGAACGAACGAAGACAGUUCACUCAAUGUAUGACGCUCCUUUCAGUAGAUGAAAUAAUGCAAGGCUUCGAUAAAGAAAUAUGAAGCCAUUGAUAGUAGAGACGCAUUUUGCAUUAGGAGUAUGAGGCUUGUUUAAACAAAUUCGUAUACAAAAAAAUUCAAUAGAUUGCCAUUCUCUUCGUUUGCUUUGCUAUAAGUAGGAAUUUGCAUAUCUACGUAUAUUAUGAGAUGUAAACAUUGCAAUUGUUUUGAAUAAUAAAACUCAUCAUAUAUUCUAUCUAGAGAAAAUGAGCUGUGAGAAUGACUGAAAAGGUGGCAACGCUGUCACUUCUAUGAUAUUAAAAAGGGUUUGUCGUCAUUAUAAAUACAUGCCACAUGAAACUACUUGAAACAUUCGAGUGGAGAAAAUAGUUAACGGAAGAGAAUAUUUUGACAUCAUCGAAUCUUUCUUUGUUUUCAACUAAUAUUAUAAACAUUUGGAAUAUUUUCUAGAUAUAUCUCUUUAACGCAUUCGAAUGAUUCGUUCCCUAAAUAACACGUCACUUGGAAAGCCAUUGGAGGUAUUUAUAGUUUUCAUUGUAUUAUUGAAAUGUUGAUUAAAUUUUUUUCUGAAGGAACUAUUCCAAAAAAGUAAAAUAUUUUAUUUCAUAGGUGAAACCUUGGUCUGUGAAGCGAAAACAGAAGAAUCAUUCUUUCGUUUCGCGAGUGAGUCCAUCUCAACUAACGAAGAUAUCUGUGGAUUGUCAUUCAAUGCCUACAAUAUUAACAGUAUCGAAGCAGAAUGAACCAUUACCCAAGAACUUUCUCCAGUUAGUGAUAUUGAUAGUAUAAAUCUAGAUUUAUCUAUAGAUUAAGGCUGCGAAACGUUUUCUCAGCUAUCAUUUUCUAACUGUACAAGCAAUUUUUUUGUCUUAGGAAUUUGAAGAAGGAUGCUACCAGGAUUACAAUCAAUCCGUGUCCGUGGUUUACUUUCAUGGUGCCACUCAUUAUUGCAUUCACUUUUUCAGUUCUUGCACUUGCUGCUUAUGGAAUUCUUGCUGGAUUUACAAAGCAAACAUUAGGUACAAGCACUAGUAUGAUAAGAUUAAUUCCAAACUUUGAGAGGAUUGAAAUCAGACACAAAAUGAUAUCUUUUCAAAAUUUAUCUUCCUUUUUCCUUUUGGAUGCCUGGGUAGGUUGAUGCAGAGACUCAAAUUAUCUUGAAAACAUCUAUCCCGAUUGGAAUGAUGUCGAUUUUUGAAGAAAAAUACUAUCGAGGCCAAUUGAAUUUUCCCUUGUGUUUCUUUUUGUUUUUAUUCUUAUACUUCGUUUAUUUAUUGAUCUACUAUAUAUAGCGAGAAAGAUCGAAAGUCGCUGCGUCUUUCUAUAUAUUUACGUUAAUCAUCAUAUGUAGUCUAAAGCGUAAAAAAUGUGUGAGAAACAAAAAUGACAUCUUGUUUACUACAAAGUGUCCAUAAUACUGUAACAUUUUUUAUUUCACAUAUAGCUUGUCUUAGAUAGAAGAAAAAAUCUUGAAUUUUUUUCAAAAAAUGCGCUGUGAAACAGAGAUGUCCAUCGCCGCUGAAAAUGUGCCGCUGCCGCGCCGCGGUCUUAGAAAAAAAAAGCUGUCGCACCGCAGCCGCGCCGCGACGGUUUAUAAAAAAAUGUUGCCGCGACGCUGCCGCGAUGAAUUAUAAAAUAAACGUGCCGUCGCCGCGCCGCUGCCGCGGCGGUUUACAAAAAAGUGUUUCUAAUUUCACUGCUGCGACUAUAUUUGACCAGAGAUAUUGGUACUAGUCCAUCAGAUCCAUUCAGUCUCGGGGUGUUUCAUUUGUGAACCCUGAAAUUCUAUUAAAUUCAUGCAGUUUUUCAAUGUUACCCAAAAAAAUCCUGCCGCUGCCGCGCCGCUGCCGCGAUGGUCUUUUAAAAAACCUGCCGCUGCCGCCACAGGCCAUCGCGGCAGCGCCGCGAUGGAUAUCUCUGCUGUGAAAAUCUCUAUAAAGCCUGAAUGAUUGAAUUCCAGUUACCCUGUUCUAAUGGUUUUUCUUAUACUCAAAAUGAACAACUUACCUGACAAUGUCACUUCCCAUAAUAUUGAAAAUGUUUGAAACACUUUUGUUUCACUAUAUGAGUUGGUUCAUACAAGCUUUGUAAAGCUUUCGACGGCACACCUUUUUAAAAAAACUUAAAUAUUCUAUCAUUUUCUCAGAUCGAGAUAUCUGCAAAACAACCAGUGUUCCAAACAUUUUCAAUAUUAUGAGAAGUGACAUUAUCAUGUAAGUUGUUCAUUUUGAGUAUAAGGAAAACCAUUAGAACAGGGUAACUGGAAUUCAAUCAUUCAGGUUUUAUAGAGCUUCGCAGCGCAUCUCUUGAAAAAAAUUCAAGAUUUUAUCUUCUAUCUCAGACAAGCUAUAUGUGAAAUAAAAAUUGUUACAAUAUUAUGGACACUUUGUAGUAAAAAAAACAUGUUACUUUUUUUUCUAAUACGCUUUUAUAUUUUAAACCGGGUUUGAUGAUCAACGUAAAUGUAUCAAAAGAAGCAGCAUGCUCCGGGCUUUCUCGCUAUAUAUAGUGCAUUAAUAAAUAGACGAAUUAUAGUAUUAAAAACAAAAUAAAACAAAGGGGGAAAUUCAUUUGGCCCCGAUAGUAUAUAUUUCAAAGGAAGCUUUGUGCUAGGCGUCCACACAUAGGUCAACAACUUGAUUCAUAGCCUACUCAUCUAUUGACUAGAAAAACUUUGUUGUUUACUGUAAAUUAUGUAGAAAUAGUUUUAAUCAGAAAAUCGUUCACUGUAUGCAUACCAUGUGAAGAACUUGACUUACUAGGGUUUUUAGUACCCUAGGACAGUUCCAUAUCAGUUACGAUUUUGAAAAGAAUUCUUCCAUUUUCGCUGGCGUCCGCUUUCGCCGAUUUCUAUAUCGCCAACUAAUUUUUUUGACCGAAAAUUACCGGGCCAAAUGUGAUUCAUUCUAUAUUCAAAAUUUUUUUCCAAUUAAUGAGUUUAUUAACAAACUCAUUAAUUAUCAACUGAGUUGGUAACCAAGUGAAUUGCUUACCAUCUUAGUUGGUUACCACGUCUGAUGUGAGCGUGGUUGCGAGGGUGAUGAUGAACACACCUACAUUCCCACCCACAAUCCCAAUAACAUCCUCACACCUAGACCCACAUGUACAUCUACACUCUCACAUUCACACCUAGACUCACAUGUACUCCUACAUACCUACACCACAGGCGGCGGAGCCUGUAGGCUGGGUAAGGCUUGAGCCUCACUCGAUUUUGGCCCCUGUAGGCUCUCUCUCACUCAAAUUAUGAAGUUGAAGCUUAGCCACGCGUCAUCUUAGCUUUAUUUUAAUGGGCAAAUCUCCUCUUAAUGUGGAAAUUGGCACCUCGAUUACGCUUGUUUAUAUGCUGAGAUGGAGAGGUCUAAAAAACUGAAGUAAUAGUAAACUCACCAACUGUGUUGUCAUGGUUCAUUAAAAUGUUUUUUAAUUAUCUUAUUCACAUAAAGUGUCGUGUAAACUAAAUGAAUUCUAGUAUCAUGCGAUCAAUAAGCCCCAAAACUAGCUAUAUAUGAGGAUCCAUCUUCUCCUUUUUGAUGUAGUCAUUUUUUUAAAUUUUAUUGGAUGAAAUACAACCAAAAUAAUUAUUUAAAAUUCAGGGAAAAAUAUUAACAAAAGAGUCAUAAUCAGAAAGAAGUUUAUUUUUAAAUGUAUUUGAAAAUCUAGCUCUCUAAUUUUUUGGAUGCGUUCGAAAAAAUAAUCCUAACGCUGUGAUAGAAUUUUAUUAUGUUAUCCUCGCUAAUCACAAUGUAAUUUAGCGUUUAUAUAAAUACUGAUAGAAUAAAGAAUACUUUUUUGCAGCGUUUUAACAGUCCUAAAUUUUCGACUAUAAUCAAUAAAUUUCACCAAAACUAUCUGUUGGAUCAAAUCUUGACUAUUUCACGGAAAAGAUAACAGGUCAAACAGUGGUUCUUUCAACAGAAGAAACUGCUUUAUCGAGCUUACUGAUUUUUCAACAAGUUUUUGAGAUAAAGAUACGAACAUCGUCUCUGUAACAUAAGUUGCUAUUGAUUCUCAUACAUUCAGUUCGUCGAAAAUGAAUAGCUUGCUAGAAAACUAUGUAGAAUCUGGAAAUCAAUCUAGACUGCUUCAUAAUUCUGAUAAAUGUCCAAAUACAAGUAAUUUAAUUUAAUCAUCACACGCAACCGGUGUAUGUGUAGGUGUCAUCUCUUCUCUAAACGCACACCUGCAAUAUCUUCCCAUCCUAAAAACAAUAUGGUUCCGUAUAAAACCAUUUUUGCAACGAAUUUGAAACCUCUUUUUGGAUUUUAUAGUUUUCCCGCCAAAACUUAAAAGGGUUUCGAUUUCUUUGUAAAUUUCGGAAUCCUUUUCAAGUUCCCUACUAUGUGCGAAACUUUUUAAAGCUCUGUGGCAUAGUGCGCACGAAACUAACUUCGCUCAGUAAAACACCUUUCCUUUCUUCAUAGUACACUAACCUUCACGACCAUAUCCUCAAGAAAUGUUUUCUUUGAAUUGAUUUAUAAUGUACAAUACCUGGUUUUUGUAUUUUGUUGGAAAAUUUUUGUCUUUUUCUAAAGAUUUAGAAGUUUGAUCAGCAAAGAAUAGAAUGAUAUAGCAGUUUUUUUUCGGUUUACCCUACUUUGGUCGAAAGAUAAAAAUGUCGACGAUAAAAAUGCCGAAGAUAAAAAUAUCGAAAAGAAACAUGAGAGAGAAAUAGAUGGUUAACAGUGAGGAUGAGAGUGACGGAAUUCUUACUUUCAUACACUAUCAUUUUCAACAUUUGUAUUUUUCGACAUCUCUCUAAUUUUUGUUCUUGAUAUUUUUAUUUUCAACAAUAGUAGAAUGAAUUUUUUUUCGUGACAAUAGCACUGCUAAAUAUUCUGAAAUAGUUUUUCUCACCCAAUUCGUCGACCCAGCUCAUACUGCUAUUUGAGAACUUGCUUUAUCAUAACAAAUAAACUUUCAUUGAGCACAGGGAUAUAAUGAAGAGGAAAAAGUAGAGCAGUGCUGAAAUUUAUUUUUCUAUUCUGCGAUGUUUUUUUCAUUAAAAAAAUACAAUUUUGGUUGUAAAAAGCUGAACAUUUUUGGAAGUGAGAAAAUUGACCAGCACCUCCUGCACGCCCCUACCAUUGACCAUGUCCUUGACUGAGCCUCAUCCAAAUUCAAAACGUUCCGCCGCCCCUGUCCUACACCUAUACUUACAGUCACACUCCACCCUCAUGCCUGUACCCACACUCAAGUAUGAUGGUAGCCAACUAAGGUGGUAAGCAUUUCAGAUUGUAAUCAACUGAGAUGGUUACCAAUUUUUUUUCCAAUUAAUGAAUUGGUUAAUAAACUCAUGAAUUGGAAAAAAAAUUUGAAUAUAUAAUGAAUCAUAUUUGACCCGAUAAUUUUCGGUCAAAAAAAUUAGUCGGCGAUAUUGGAUUCGGCGAAAAUGCCAUUCGGUGAAAGUGAACGUCGGCAAAAAUGGAAGUUACCCUUGAGAACUGUCCCAACAGUUCUUUGAUAGGAACUGAUAUGUCAUUAACAGUUCUUUUCAUAACAGCUAUGCUACGGAUGUCCAUAAGUCCUCAAGGGCUACCAUACGGAGGUACCCUUAGGUCUUCAAGGACUAUGCGAUAAGGAUAUUCUUAGGUCUUCAAGAGCUCUCAUAUGGAGGUACCCCUAGGUCCUCACAGAGUAUCCUUAGUUGGUCGAGAGCUUUUUCUAACGAUCAAUCAUAUUCAAAGGAGCUGUUUCUCUGGUAUUGUAAGGACAAAGCAUCCUGUUAUUCGGGCCAUAAGAAAGAAAACCACGGACAAUCCCCUGAUCGGUUCGAAGAACAUUAUGUUUUGUUCUUACAAUAGAGCGAAAACACCGCACUGAAAUCUGAUUGGUCCUCAAACAACCAAUCACAUUUCAGGAAGCGCUUUCUCCGCAAUUGUAGGGGAAAGUAUAGUAUUGUUCGGACGGAUCAAGGGGUUAUCUAUGGCCCUCUUUCUUAUGACCUGAAUAAAAGUACGCAUUGUUCUUACAAUAUUGGAGAAAGAACUCACUCGAACCUGAUUGGCCAAUAGAAAAAGUUGUCGACCAACUAAGGUUACCCCCAUAGAGUAACCCUCAAUGGCCUAAGGGUAUCACUAUAAGUAGUCGUUGAUAACCCGUUGAGCAGCUAUAGCUCCAAGGAGCUCUUAACCCGCUGUCUGAUGCAACUGUCGCGAGUUGUCAAGCUGGUUCUGUCACACACCUAAUAGGAAUUGUUCGGUCUCAAUAGUUCUUUGAUAUGCACUGAUCUAUAUGGCAGUUAUUUUUGAAUGAGUUGAUUCUAUCAGACAUCUCAUUUCACACUUUCCAAUAGAUUUGUAAUUGGUCCAUUCUGAAACAUGCUUGUCAACUGCACAAAUAUGCUGGAAUGCAGCUAAAGGAAACUCAAUGCUAGAACAGAAGGAUCCAAUUCUCAAAAGACGAACUAGUCCCUAGGGCAAGUUAUAAAAAUAGAAGUACCCCAACACAUAGUUCCCAAAAAGGAACUGGUCACUUCACCCAGUUCUUGGAAAAUAUGCAGUUCAUAGAACUGGGAACUGUUCUAGGCCUAGCUUUUAGUCUGCAUGCACGAUAGUUUUAAUGAAACUGACCCCCUUUUCUAAUCAUUCGAACUUGAGCGAGCACGCAACAAUUUGUGUUGCUUUGAUGUGCUUCAUUUCGUAAGAGCGAUUGAACUUGUCACUGCACUAGUGUCUACAACCAGUACGACAGCAACUACUACCACGACAACGACAACUACUACAACAACGACAACAACCACUACAACUACAACAACAACAACGACUACAACAACGACUACAACGACUACAACAACAACAACCACUACAACCACAACAACAACAACGACUACAACAACGGCUACAACGACUACAACGACUACAAUAACAACAACCACUACAACCACAGCAACAACUACUACUAUAACAACAGCAACAACGACUGCAGCAAGCGGUAAGUAA